GUUGCCUUGAGAACUCAAACAAAUCUAUCAUCUUGUUUUUCACCUACGGAAGUCGUUUGUAUCUGCCAAAAUGAAGAAAAUCUGGGUCAAGAUAGGUUUGAAAGGCGCAUAAUCUGGUAAUUUAGUAUUGGUGACUCGUAUUUAGUCGUCAUGCUACCGUCUCGUUCAAACAGUCGACUGCAAAACAGUAACACAAAUCUUCGUGGACGAAAUAGUAAAGAAAUAAAGCCGAAGAACUAUGCUGCUUGGGAAGGAGUUCUCUCGUCUACUAGCCCAAUAAACAACAGUCGUAGCUUCGAAAGUUUUGCACAAAACUGGCGAAGCUCUUCUCGCCAAGAAUUACACGAUUCUAGCAGUGAAAAUGAUUUUUUUGAUGGACGUCAAUCAUUUCCCUUUAAUCGAUCUUCAGUUUCUUUAAACAAAUCCUUUCCACAAGGCGAUCAAAGUGAAACAAACAUUACAGACAACCAACACGUUCCUCUUCGCUCUUACUCAAAAUUUGAUGAAAGGUAUUAUGAAUUUUUGAGUUCUAGUCGUCUCAUUCAUAACUCUCCGGACCACAAGGCGUCCUCCGAAUUGCUGAUUGAGAAAAUCAAAAAUGGUGGUUACGUCGAUUUUUCUGACUUUUUACCGCAAAAUAUCUUGGAGUACACGGCUUGGGAUAACAGACAUGUAUCACACAGUGUUGAUGCAUCCUCAACACCACAGAUUACUGAAUUUGCAGAAUGGAUACAAUGUAUGAUGGUAUAUGUGUCAGUUUUGUGUGAGGAAUAUCCAGAGAGAACUGCGGACAUGUUGGGUUAUAUUGCAAACAUUGCAAUGCUUUACCAAGACAGUGAUGAGAGGGGAGCAUGGUUAAGGUAUGACAUUGCUUUUCGCAGAAAAGCAUCAUCCAGAAGGUUAUUAACAUGGUCCAAAUGGGACAAGGAGCUGUGGGUGUUAGCUACAUCAAGUGAAGCCAGACAGAAUGUACGCUGUAAGUCUUGUCUCACCUCCAUGCAUGAUGAAGAAAGCUGCCCAUUUUCAAAACAGGCCGUGGAAUUUGAGCAAUUAAAGAAAAGUCAAAGUCAUAUUAUCGAAAGGAAAGAACCGUUGAGUCCAAAACAGUCGAAAAGCAAUACUAAAGUUGCUCAAAAGCUCCCAAAAGAAACCCUAGAGUUGAAAUUUGCUUUUGGUUACCAUGGUUAUGAUGCAUGUAACAAUGUUUUCUAUACGGUAUCAGAUGACAUUGUAUUUCACAUCGCAGGAUUAGGCAUUUCUUACAACCGUUCAACUCAUAAGCAAUCAUUUUAUAAUGGCCAUACGGAUGACAUACUUUGCCUUACAGUUCACGAUGAUAAAAAUAUUGUUGCUACAGGACAGGUUGGCAAAAAUCCUGAAACACAUGUUUGGGAUGCAAAAACAAUGACUACAUUAUCAGUGUUGAAAGGUUUUCACAAAAGAGGAGUUACAUGUGUUGACUUUUCAGGGGAUGGAAAGAAACUGGCUGACGUCGGCCUUGAUGACGAUCAUUGCAUCUGUAUAUGGGAUUGGAAGAAAGCGGAAAAGUUAGCAACGACACGCGGACACAAGGACAAGAUCUAUGUUCUCGAAUGGAAUCCUUUUAAUGAAAAUUAUUUUGUUACUGUUGGAGAGAAACACAUCAAGUUUUGGACUCAUAAUGGUUCAAAGAUUGAUAAGAGACCCGUCACGUAUGGCAAAGUUGGCCAAGUUUCCUCAAUGCUUUGCAUCUGUCAUAGUCGGCACGAUGACCUUUGUUUUGCGGGCGCAGAUAACGGAGAGAUUUAUGUGUGGCAAGGAACAACCUUACGUCGAACUAUCAAAGGUCAUAAGGGAGCUGUUUAUGCUAUGUAUGCGUUGAGGAAUACGGCGACAGAGGGUUUUGUGACCGGUGGUAAAGAUGGCGUUGUUGUUGUAUGGGACAUGUUUUUUGAACAUUGCUUGAAGGCAUUCAGGGUCGAGCGAACUGUUAUGAACUACGGCUCAAUACUAUUGGAUGAUUGUCCACCAAUUAGAUCCAUUCAUACGAACGCGUCGCGGAUUUUGAUCGGUACUGGUCACAACCAGGUCAUUGAGAUUGAGGAAGAUGGAAAGAUGUCUAUUAUUACUCAGGGACAUCGUGAGGGAGAGGUUUGGGGACUAGCUGUACAUCCUUAUAAAGAGGAAUGUGCGACGGUGAGCGAUGAUAAGACUCUAAGGGUCUGGGAUCUAAAGAAUAUCCGCAUGAAGCAAGUGAAGAAGCUAAAACGCGGUUCUAGAUGCGUGGCCUACUCUCCAGGCAGUGAUACUAUUGCAGUUGGACACAAUGAUGGCAGUUUUAGUAUCGUUGAUGCGCAAACUUUGACACUUAUCGUAAACUUCAAAGACAGAAUGGAAGAGAUGUCCGAUGUGAAAUUCUCUCCUGACGGAAAGUUUCUGGCUGUGGCCUCUCACGAUAAUUUCGUGGAUAUUUACAACGUAAAGAGAGGGAAACGGGUCGGCAUUUGCAAAGGACAUUCCAGCUAUAUAACUCAUGUUGACUGGGAUAUACAAGGAAAGUUAUUGUUGUCGAACUCUGGUGCCCGGGAGUAUCUUCUCUUUGAAGCUCCGCGAGCAUCGAGAAAAACAAUGAAUGAUAGAGCGAUAAUGAGAGUUGAGUGGGAUACAGUCACUGGAGUACUGGGUCCAAAUUUAAACGGUAUAUUCCCUCCUGCUACUGACGUCACUGAUGUGAAUGCCACUUGUCGAAGUAAGGAUCAUUGUCUUUUGGCGACUGGAGAUGACUUCGGUCGAGUAAAAUUGUUUAACUAUCCUGUUACGACGAGUGGGGCAAAAUACCGUCAAUACAAUGGUCAUUCUUCUCACGUGACAAAUGUGAGAUGGACAAACGAUGAUAAACAACUGGUGACAACUGGAGGCAUGGACACGAGUAUACUUAUUUGGGAAAGACGUCGUGUAGAACGCGAGGAAAAAGAAGAAAUCUCUCGUGUUGAAGGAAUUCUGGUACAACCAAAAUUCAUUCCUACAGGACCUAUCAGAAACCCGGUCGCUAAAGGGAAGCCACAGUUAUGAUAGUUGAAUAAAAAAUGGCGAAGAUGAUGUUGUUUCUUCUGUAAAUACGCAUCGCCUUUGAAGAGAUGUCCAUCACUAUGAUCAUAAACUCAAGACUGCGUUUACCCUCCGUGUGACAUAUAGACAUCCCGCUUUUAUUUAGCUCAGCUAUGAAAACAUGCGGGGAUUUCUGGCUUAUGUGUCACAUCUUCCACUGUGAAAAACGGACUCUGCACGAAUUUUUCCUUUUUCUGUCUCAUGUUUCAUUAUGAGACCUUUUUCAGGACAGCAAUCAUCAAAGUAACGUGUUGUGUACAGGGUAUCUCAAAAACCCACAAAACUUCCGAAGUUAGAACAAUUGACAUAUGUUAUGUGUGGCAUAUUUUGAUGAUGAAAGAGAGUUUAUGAAAAGCUAAACAGGAUUUCUUUACAAUGUGCUCAAUUGUUUCCCUACUUAGUUGUGAAUGAAAAUAAUUACGUUAAUAAAUUACGCCCGUGGAGACCAACAGAAAGCCGAGUUAUUAAAAUUUUCAUGAAGAAAUCGUUAUGGGAAUCAUCAGAAGUUUUGUGUUGCUUUUUGAGGAACCCUUUACAUACAGAAUUGUCCUGGUUCAACUUUGGUACCAAUUGGUGCCGAUUCAUGUACUUUUAAACGUUCGUAGACUUCAAACGGUUGCAGUUUUUUUAAAAAACCUUGCAUACAAGCAAAUAUCUGUAAAAAAACAGCUUGGGAUAUAUAUUUAAAAUCUUAUAUUACACCAAACAUUAUAGUCGUUGUUACAUGAAGUAUUCGAAAAUAUAUAUUGUGUAAUAA